AUGGAUACGCUGGCCCCCGAUAGGCUUGUCCCACUCGAUUCAUCUCAAGACCCCGACCUCGAAUGGAUAGCAUCGCCGGAUCUCGCUGGUCCUGGGGUUGUACUGAAUUUUGGACUUACAGCGGCACUAUCAUUACUUGUUGCCGCCGGCUCCUACUUGCAUGCCUACAGCGGAUCGUCAUCAUCUCGCCUGGCUGGUAAACAUGGCCCACUCCAACAAAUGGGUGUCGCUCUGCUUGACCAGAGUGCUGUAACAACCACAGCUAUAGCUCUAUCAUCAUUGAUAUCCUGGGAAUCAUCUUCAGCAUUUACACGAAAGUCCUGUCAACUCUACGUAUCAAUGGGCAAUGUCUCUGCUCUUAUGCUCAUAAUCGGGAUCAACCCUACUAGCGCCAGACGCUAUAUCGUCGUUGCUUUGAUGGCCCUGGAAUCAUUUGUCAUUUCCAUCCGUCUUACCUUGAGUAACGAAUCUGUUUCCAGUGAGUUGAUGUGGUUAGAGAGAGGAAAUACGUGUCCACCCACUCGGGCUGAUCGCAUAAUUGCGCUGAAGCCUCUUUCUGAAUACUUAAGCCUUGCGAGCGAUGCAUUAUGCAUACUACUCGUGCUUUUGUCGGGGCUUGGUACCAUCGCUCCCUUGGGACGCAAGAUGGCCAGGAUGAUCCAUUUUGCUUGCUUCGCGCAUGGUCUUAUUCGACUUGUCACAAAUCUUUUUGCAAUCAAGCAGCUCUUUACAAACUACAGACCGUACUUGCAAGACGAUGUAUCAAUUUGGUCAUUCGGCCAAAUAAUUCCUCUCGUAGGACUCGCGAUACCUAUAUGGUCUUUUGUUGUAAGAAACAUACGUCCAACAAUGGCAAGAGCUUCAUACUUGCGCAACCUUAUUCAUUAUACUACAUGGAGCAAUGUCUCCCAUGCCAGCCACGUACCAUCAUCACUUUUGGGUUUCAUUCCCUGGCGGCUCCAGUGGAAUAAAGAGAGCGCUGUUCCUCUAGGCUAUCGACGAAUAAGUUGGACAUGUUCAUGUGGCCACAGUCUGGCAGCUAACUUCAGCAACUCUCAUCCCCAAGCCUUGGAGGCCCUAGAAUACCGUCUUCAUGGUCUGAACAACCCCGACGCCACAGAUGCUUCUCAUCAAUCACCCAACCCUUCUACUUCAAGGACACAAGUCACUCACCCAGUAACCUCCAUUAACAGUGGGGAAUCCCUAAGUCAGCCCCCUCAGAGGAGGGAGAGGCAACCAAAUAACAACGGACGAGUCUCAUCACGUCAAAAUAUCAGAUCGUUAGAUAAUUAUGAGAUGGUUGGCGUACCUAAGUUUUUCGAACUCUGUGUGACUGUUGGAAAACACUCUGUUAGACUGGGCGAGAUCAACAUAUCAUCCGUUACAACAGAUGGCCAGUUAUUUAAAAAGAUCUGGCAUAGCUACCGAGAGAUCAAGACAUCAACCUUGGGAGCCACCAUUAAAGGCUGGUUCUUUAAACCCAGCGACGUCUUUUUUGUUCAUUUUGGAGUCAUGGGCAGGCAUAGAGUGGGCAUAUACAGCAAACCAAUGGAGAUACCACCUGCCAAAGAAGUAGACGAGGGCCGAUAUCACUAUUUCGAGUGUCCGAUGCAGCCGCUCCCUCCCAUGCCGGAUCACAUUUUCUUGCACUACUUAGAAGAGGCAAAACAAAAAACUGGUCGCCAAGAUAACCCAGCUGCACAUGCAGAAGAUAUUUUUCUCUCUCGGCUACCCAAGAAGCUAGGAUCUAGCAUCUUCACGAGUAGAUCUGGUCUUACGUCUGGAAUUACGUAUGGCUGGGGUGUGCAUAUCGUCGAACGACCAAGCGGUUGGGCUAAGAGCAUGCUUGGUAUAUUGAGCGCACUAAUAUGCAUUGCUGUGUUUGCUAUUACCUGGAUCUGUGCUGAUUUCGAUAAAGCGAUUGGCAUAGGCCAAUAUAUAACUGGAGUUCUAGCAAUCAUAAAUGCCGCAGUUUACUUUGCCUUACAGGAUUAUAGCAGUCCGUUAUCACGACGAGAGUAA